GGCUGCAAUUAUUUUACCUUCAUAUGGUGAAGAGUUGGAGCAAGCUAGUGCGGUCUUUCCAAAUCAGCAAAGACGGUAUGAUCCCUAUUCCAACACUUACAAACCGGGAUGGUGAGAUCAUCCAAAUUUCAGCUAUGCCAACAAGCAAGGUGCAGUCCAACAACCUACUUUCAACCGUCCGAGUGGAUUUCCACCGCAACAACAACAAUUUCAACAACCACAACCACAACAAUCAAUGUAAAAUCAAGGUUCCAAUGUCGACGCAAAGCUUCAAACAAUGAUGCAAGGAACUUCUAUCAUGUUUAGUGAAAGUCGGCAGGAAACUAAGAGUGCUAUCAAGGAGUUGCAGACACAAAUGAGCUCCAUGACUAUUGAAUUAAACAAAUUGAAGGCACAAAGUAGUGGGAAACUCCCUUCUCAAUCUCUUAACCCAAGAGAGAAUGUUAGUGCUAUUACAUUGAGAAGCGGUACACAACUUGUGCAAACUGAAAUUGUUGAUGUGGGUGAUACGGAGGCCCAAAAGGAACCUGUUUUGGAGGAAAAGAAUGAUGAUUUUCCCCAAACUUCUGAGGUUUGCUAACUCUAAGAAGGCGGAACUAGAAAAGGAGAUUUUAGACAUCUUUAAGAAGCUUCAUGUAAACAUUCCACUCAUUGAUGUUAUCAAGCAAUUUCCCAAGUAUGCGAAGGUUUUGAAGAAAUUGUGUACCAAAAAGAAAAAGCUAACCAGUAGUGAGGUUAUGAGUGUGGGGGAAAACGCUUCGGCAAUCUUGCAAAAGAAACUCCCACCCAAAUGCAAGGAUCCAGGUAGUUUCACUAUACCCGUAGAGAUUGGUAAUAAAAGAAUUGGAAAGGCUAUGCUUGACUUAAGAGCAUCCGUGAAUAUCAUGUCGACAUCUAUUUAUGAGUCUUUAAAGUUGGGUCCAUUAAAACCAACUAAUAUUGUGCUUGAACUUGCGGAUCGUACUAAUGUCUACCCUAGGGGUAUUAUUGAGGAUUUUCUUGUGCAGGUGAACCAACUAGUUUUUCCAGCUGAUUUUUGUGUUCUAGAAAUGGAUGAUGGCUCGGAUGCAUCCAUACCCCUGCUGCUUGGGAGACCUUUCAUGAAGACGGCUAAAACCGUCAUUGAUGUGGACGAGGGAAUACUGAUAGACACAUUUUUGUGUCUAAUUUGAUCUCAAUACUAUAUAUUGUUGGCACUCGAUUUUGUACUAAUUUUGGUAUUUCAUGUGUUUGUAGGCAUUUUUGGGAAAUAAACAUUCUUGGAAAAAUCGGCUCGAAAAGUUGCUCGGGGCACCCCAGAGGACAUUUGCUAUUUGGACUCUCGGAUUGGAUAAGGGGCACUCACUUACUAAGGGGCACACUAGCCGCUAUUUGCACCCAAAGACACCCCAGUUGCUAAAGGGACCCCUAGUCUGGUUAUAGGGGCACCCUUCUUCUUCACGUUUAAAGAAUUUUUUGGCGGGAAAAUGAAUUAUCAACGGCGGAAUUUUUUGGGAGAGAAUUGGAUGUGUUCUUCGCAUUUUUCUCGGAGAUUUUAAUUGAGUUGACCCUGUUUCACCUAAACAGGGAUUGUAUGGAGUCUUGUUUCGAAAAAAUAGCAAAGUCCACGUAGUUUUGAUAAUUCAAGGAAACUGCAUUCAAGGGGGAGAUUAUCACGGAUAUUUGGAUGAUUCGGGAGAAGAUUUUCUUCUUCAGUCAACAUGUUUGAUCUGUGAAGCCAAUAUAAUCAAUAAAGCCAUCUCAGUACACUCGGGUGAGAAGAAAAGGGAAGUUACGUGGAGUUGAAGAACAGGGCACGUACAUGGGUUAUUCUCGAGAUUUUCAGAGUUAUUUUUGGAGAUUCUGCGUGUGGAUGGAGGGACUUGAAGUCGUGUUGAUUGUUUACUGAGUAUGUUGGAGUAUUUCAAAACCAUGUAGAUGCGUGAUGGAGCUAAAGAAGGAAGAUUAUUCUCAUAACAGACCGGGGAAAAUAAACACAAUUAUUACGGGAUUAUUCGCAUUCAGUGAGGAAUAUCUCGGUGUUGUUGGGUAUAAAUAAGUCAGCAGGGUUGAAGAGAAGGGGGUGGAGAGUUGGGGGAGAGGAAUAGAGCACCACAUAGUCGAAAAAUCAAGCUGCAGAAACCUCCAUUGAUGCUGCUACACGAAGAACAUUGACCCACAGGCACUGUCGUUCAUGCUACAGUGAUAGCGACACAAGGAGGACAGACUUAUUUACUACAGAGUUUGCGACCAUAGCCGUGGGUCUUAGAGCAACAAUAACAGUGACACAUCCUCUGUAUCGUUCUCUGGUUUGUAACAAAUAUAAUUGUUACAAACCCGAUUUUGAAUUAUUUCUCCAUUUUCUCCUUGUAAACACCUUUUUGAGCAAUGAAAAAUUUCUUUGAGUGUGUUUUCACC